AUGCAAGCUAUGGAUGUGCCAUAUGAAGUAGUUCUUCCUGAGGACCAAGAAUGGGGCCGUUUGUCGUCAAACGGUAGCUGGACUGGUAUGAUAGGUAUGAUAGAGAAAGGCGAGGCUGAUUUGGGAAUUCAUUUUAUGACUGUAACGGAACAAAGGUCUCAAGUCGUUGAUUUUAGUCCUGUUUACAAGACAGAAGAUGUAACAUUCGCUAUUAAGAAACCCGGCAGAAUUCCGACUUCUUCGGCUUUUAUACAUCCAUUUCAAUUCAGCAUCUGGAUCGUGAUUCUUGUUUUGAUAGUUUUAAUGCCUCUGGCUUUCCGGAUUUUAAUACGAACAAAGUAUACUUAUUCCAGAAUUUUGUUUGUGUUUUUAGGAGUGCUUCUAAAACAAUCUAUUACGAUGAAUCUUUAUUCUUUCAGCAGCAGGAUAUUUUUCUCUUCGUGGCUCAUCUUCACAGUAGUUGCUUCUUACAGCUACUCAGCAGUACUUCUGUCUCUUCUAACAGUCCCUCCAGAAAUGCCCGUGGUUCAGAAUUUCAAAGAACUCUCUCAAGCAGUGGCAAUAAGUAAUUACAAAUGCUUCGUUCCCAAAGGCUCAAUAGUGGUCGACGCACUCAUCAAUAAUGAAAAGGAAUAUUUGAACUUUUUGGCUGAAGCUGUCCUUCGCCAUGACUGGUAUUUAGGAAGUUAUGAUUUAACAGUAAGUCCACAGAUUGAUUCACAUUCAGCAAUCCUGACCAUCAGGUCUUUGCUGGAAACAAUUGCUGGCCCAGAAGAAUGGAAGGAACAUUUUCUGUCUGAAGAUUCUCUCGUUACUUUCCAGUUUGCUAUACCAAUGAGCAAAAGAUUUUGCCAUAAAAUGAGACUGAAUAAAUUAAUAUCUCGAUUGAAUAACGCUGGCAUAUACAUGCAGAUUGUCAAAGAGGAGGCUUUCAAAUCGCGAUUGGCUGUCCAAGAAAGGAAGAUUCAAAAUGCUAGCCUGGAGAAAAGACCGUUAUCAUUCAGAGACCUUUUUGGAAUGUUCAUAUUGCUUUUGGUUGGCUUAAAACUUGGCUUUUUAGCUCUUUUAUGUGAAAUAACAUGGGCUCGGAUAAGAAGAUAA